AUGGAUGUACAACAACUCUUCAGAAAUCUUCAGAAAGAAGCAGAGUGUCCGUUGUGUUUGGAGACAGUUAACAAUCCCAAGACUUUACCUUGUCUUCACUCAUUCUGCCUCGAGUGUCUCGACAAACAUGCAGGCUUCGCCAGAAGGCAGCUGCAAGCGACGAUCAAAUGUCCGGUUUGUCAGACAUCAUUUCAAAUUCCCGAAGGCGACUCGUUCAAGAACUUGCCCACAUCUUAUCAUCUCAACCGACUGAAGGAUGUUCUCGAUCUUAAAGAUAGCGGCGCACAGGCCCAAAAAUGUGGCAGUUGUGAUGAGAACAACACCGCUUCCUCCUACUGUUUCGUGUGCCAGAACUUUCUAUGCACUCCUUGUUUUGAAGCUCACCAACGCUUGAAGGCCACAAGAGGUCAUCGCAAUGUUGUGAUAGAGAAAUUGCAAGCGCAAGAUGUGGAAGAUUUGAUCCACAGACCCGUCAUGUGUUCACAGCAAUAUCACGAAAAUCAACCGCUGGAAUUUUAUUGCGAAGAAUGCAAAGUUCUUAUUUGCCAGAAGUGCUGUAUAGUAAGCCAUAAUCGACACACCAUAACAGACACUCAGGAAGCCGCACAAGUACAGAAGAUGCAAAUGAAGGACGCUUUGGAGAAAGUGAAAGUGGAAACUGUAAUUUACGACAGCAAAAUAAGGAAACAAACCGAGCUAAUGGACAAAACCAAAAAUGAGAUUUUGUCAGCAGAACAGAAGAUGACAGAUGCCGUGGAGGAACGUAUCCGUGAAUUACGGGAACAUGAGAGGGUCAUGAAAGCCAAAUUUGCUGAAAUUUAUGAGGCGCAACAAAAACAUCAGGCGACACAACUAGAAAAUUUUGAGUUGGUUUUGACUCAACUAAAAAGUUGCGUUGAACGAGGUGAGAGUAUCGUACAAAGAAACAUCAGUGCUGAAAUUCUGCAAACAAACCAAGCUAUUGUUAAACGCUGUGAGGAACUUCUAAAAGCCAGAAAACUUGACAUUUAUAAACCUUCGCACGUAAAUUAUAUGGUUGAAAAGAAAGUGAAGAUAUUGGAUCGUAUUAUUGUCAGUGACACAGAUCCUUCGCUUUCGUUUGCUGAAAUGGCAAGUCUGAAAAAUGUAAAAGAAAAAACGGAAACAAAAUUUACCAUUGUAACCCGAAAUUCGGAUGAUGAACUGUGCUAUCAUGAAGAGGAUGUGAUUAAAGUCAACAUAUUAAAUCCUGCAGGUGAUCAACUGAAAACAGAGUUAAAAGACACCAAAGACGGCAAGUACACAGUAACAUAUACACCACAGUGUGUUGGACAACAUAGAGUAGAGAUCCAAGUUAAUGGACAGCCGCUGAAUGAUAGUCCCUGGGUUGUGCAGAUGAUUCCGCAUCAGUAUCAAUUUGCGUUUCAAUUUGGAUCAAAAGGAAAAGAGCAAGGACAGUUUAACUCGCCUGGGGGUAUUGCUGUGAAUGAUAAAACUAGAACACUUGCUGUUGCUGAUUAUAGUAAUAAAAGAAUUCAGAUGUUUAGCUUUGAAGGGAAUUUCCUCAGAGAGAUUGCACUGAAGGGUAACUCUCGUUCGUUGGCUUUCACAGGGGCAGGUGACCUCCUUGUUCGUGACAAUAGCGUCAAUAAAAUUUUACUCUUUACUGAAAAUGGUCAGUUUAUCCGCUACAUCGGCGGUGGACAUGUAAAGGAUCCGUGGUACGUAUCUGUUAUCAGUGAUGGCCGCAUUAUCACAGGUGACGCUUAUGACGAGACAAUCAAAGUUCUUACAGCUGAUGGGAAAAACUUACUUCAGUCUUUCAAAGCCACAGGUUGUAAUAACACCCCGGUCUGUGUUGUUUGUCACUCAAGUGACAAAAGAAUCAAAGUUCUUACAGCUGAUGGGAAAGACUUACUUCAGUCGUUUAAAGACCCAGAUUGUAAUUUAACCCCGUGCUGUGUCGUUUAUCACCACGACAAAUUCUUUGUUUCUUUUUCUUUUGCUGACCGUCUCAUGGUAUUUAACAACGCAGGGGAGUAUCUAUAUGACAUUGGCAGCAAAGGAUCUGGUGACGGGCAGUUUGGGAAAUCCAUUGGUCUAGAUCUCGCUAUUGACAAGUUUAACCGUUUGAUCGUUUGCGAUGCUGGAAACAGAAGACUGCAACUUUUCACUCUUGAUGGAAAGUAUAUCGCUCAGAUAGCUGGGGGUUUUUUUGAGGGUGGCUACCCUCGUUAUGCUGUCAUCUCCAAUACUGCAUAUUUGUUUGUUUCUGAUAGUGACCGGCACUGUGUUCAUGUUUUCCAGUAG